UUUCUGUUACAUUCUGUUUGGCUGUUCACAGAACGUAUUUUGCGCACAGGAUCUAUGAUGGCGGACGAGACGUUGAUCAACGGUGAAAACUCUGAUGAUCGGACGGUGGAAAUUACUGGGGAUGAAGUUUCGUCUAAAAUUUCAGUUCUCAGCCAAAAGAUUGAUAGACUUGAGCAGGAAAAUGAGAAGAUAAUUUCCGAGAACAAGAAGUACAAGGAGAGGAUUGAGGAAUUGACGGCCUCUGUAAAAAAUUUGGAUGCAAAAAAUGUGGAGUUGAAAAAACAGGUUGAAAGUUCUGAAUCUGAGAACAAGGCUCUUGGGGCAGUGGCGGCUCGAGCUGCGGAGCUUGAAGCCGAAGUGGCACGCAUGCAUCACGACUUGGGAUCUGCGAUGAGUGAUUUGCAAGAAUCAAAUGUGGAAUUAUCAGAGGUGAAAAAGGAUUUGGAGGAAAUGAACGGAAGGAAUAAGGAGAAGGAUGUUAAGCUUGCGGCAAUUGAGAAGGAGAGGGAUUUGUUGAUGGUGAAGGUCAGUGAAUUGGAGGAGAAAAAGAGCGAUUUCAGGAAUGAAAUGGAAGAGAAGGAAAAGGAGAUUCGAGGUUUGAAGAAGAAAGUUGAGGAAUUGGAGGCUGUGGUGGGAAAGAAUGAGGGAUUGGAGAAGUUGAAAAAUGAGUUGGAAAAAGAGGUUGAGGAAAUGGAAAGGAAAAAUGGAGUUUUGGAGAGUAAAUUGGUUGAGGAAGUGAAGGCAAAGGAAAAAUUGAUUAUGGAAGGUGUUAAUGGUGGUAUUAAUAGGGAUUUUGUGGUCGACAAAGAAAAAAAGGGCUUGAUUGGUGGUCCAAAGGAAAGGGAUUGGGCGGUAAUGGUGGGAUCAGCUGUUGCUGCCGCUUCGGUGUUAGGUGUUGUCUGCUAUUUUCGACAUGUCUCUAGUAAGCACUAAGCAACGAUUGGAUGCACGCAAACAUGCAGGAGUUAGAGGUUAGGAGAGCUCUAUUCUAACCCAAGAAAAAAGAGUUUUCGAUUUUGAUAAGUUCUAUUUCUUUUGUUUGUUUGGGUUUCUAUCUUCUGAGUUUGGUGAUUUUAGUUGAUACCAGUAGUAACUUUUUAAUAAUAUUAUUGUUGGCUAGUACUUGAACAAUAUAUAUUUUGUUUAGAAACCUUCAGGCUGGGGAAUAUAGUGUGGUGAUUAUGGUGAAUAUGACUUACUGAAAUUUGGAUAUUAUGAGAUCAAAUAUGUGGGGAAUGAUUUUUGAGUUUGGACUGCUCACUGCUUGAAAUUUGUAUAUGUUUCUAUGGAUGUCACCGUAAUAUUUUAUUGCGGUGCUUUAUUUUGG